AUGCCUUCCUACAAGUUGACGUACUUCAACUUGACUAGCCUCGGCGAGCCGAUAAGAUUUCUGUUGCACCAAAGCGGCAUCGAGUUCGAAGAUAAGAGGGUUGAAUUUGAAGAAUGGCCGGAACUAAAAGCUCAGAUGCCAAUGGGCCAACUACCAGUUCUGGAAAUCGACGACAAGGUUUUGUACCAGUCGAAGGCAAUUUGCCGUUUCAUCGCCAAGCAAAAUAAUCUCUACGGUGCCGACGAGUACGAAGCUUUCCAAAUCGACGCCACUAUCGACACCAUAGACGAUCUGAGACACGCAGUCACGAUAUACUACUGGGAACAGGAUCCAGGUUUCAAAGCGAAACUCAAAGAAGCCGCCUUACAGAAACUUCCCGUGUAUCUUGACAAGUUCAAUGAACAGGUCAAGAAGAACGGCGGACAUUUUGUCGGCGGAAAGACCAUUUCGUGUCGUCAAUUCGAGUCGAACUUCAGCGUCGACGUAGCAAUAAAUCACAUAGGCGCAGGACCAGCGCAGCGAAUUUCGCAGCAACCCGAAAUUCGGCAUUCUAGGGAAGAUUUACUGUACACAUAA